AGGUCCAAUUUUCAGCAUCUAGCCAUAUGCUCAUCCUGCACCUUCUUUUGUGAACGUGCAGAGAGCAGGCUGCUCUCUCUCUCUCUCUCUCUCUCUCUCUCCACCAUAAAUCAUUUCUCCUCAACCUAGACCCUGCUGUAAUGCCGUGCUUUUGACAAUUGGAGGGCGGCCCACAUCGCUGCUUAUCCCCCCAGGUGGCGGCUGUAGCAUCAGAACUUUGAUCUUGCGGGGUUUUUGGGGGGCGGAAGAUUGGGUUUUCUUGGCUCUGGAAAUCUGUCCAGGUUCGUCUCUUUGUCUGAAGCGUUUGAGGUGGAUUGGAGUGAAGAUUUUCGGUUCGGUGGGCUCAAAUCCUCGGUUUCUGGCUCGGAUUGGGUUAUUCUCGCCCAGAUUCUUGGUUCUUGGCUCUUGCACCAAAGGUUCCAUUCUGGCUCUUGCCGAAAUUGAAGGGGAAGGGUUCGAUCUUGGGAGCAAGUUCUCGCUGAAGAUUUGAGGUGGCAUUCGGAUUUGGGCUAUUUGUCUCGUGUUCUUGGUUGUUCGUGAAGGAUUUGCUGUUUGCUUAGACCAAGCUGAUCGUCGGUCUUGGCCUCCUCAGAUGUGCGGAUUUGGGGUGGAAUUGCAGUGAGAAGGCCAAAAAGAGUUGUUCCUGAUCCUGGUUUUGGUGAUUUUAAUUUCCGGUGCUAAAUUUGGGAAGUUCAGGGAUUCCAUUUUCGGUUGAUACGAAUGGGAAGUCACUUUCGGCCGAUGGGGAGCUCUCAGGUCUGAGGUUUUGAGGUGGGAUUACGACCUGAAGGUUGAAGGAGAUGCUAAUGGCGUCGAUAUCGGAUAGCGAGACGACCAACCGGGGAAGCAUGUGGGAGCUGGAUCAGAACCUUGAUCAGCCCAUGGAUGAGGAGGCUAGUCAGCUGAAGAACAUGUACAGAGAAAAGAAGUUUUCAUCAAUUUUGUUACUGCGGCUCGCGUUUCAGAGCCUUGGCGUAGUAUUUGGUGACUUAGGUACAUCACCAUUGUAUGUUUUCUACAAUAUCUUUCCACAUGGUGUUGAUGAUGAUGAAGAUGUUAUUGGAGCUCUGUCCUUGAUCAUUUACACACUUACUCUCAUCCCUCUGAUGAAGUAUGUUUUUGUUGUCUUGCGAGCCAAUGAUAAUGGUCAAGGUGGCACAUUUGCUCUUUAUUCUCUACUGUGCCGGCAUGCAAAGGUCAGCACUAUACCCAACCAACAUAAGACCGAUGAAGAAUUAACCACAUAUAGUCGGCAAACUUAUGAGGAGAAUUCACUUGCAGCAAAAGUGAAGAGAUGGCUAGAGGGACAUGCAUAUAAAAAGAACUGUCUUCUUAUUCUCGUUCUCAUUGGUACAUGUACCGCCAUUGGAGAUGGAAUCCUCACUCCUGCUAUAUCAGUUCUCUCUGCAUCAGGUGGAAUAAGGGUUCAGAAUCAGAACAUGAGCACAGAUGUGGUUGUAAUUGUUGCUGUGGUCAUAUUAAUUGGCUUAUUCUGCAUGCAACACUAUGGGACAGAUAAAGUUGGGUGGCUCUUUGCACCUCUAGUGCUCCUUUGGUUUAUUCUAAUUGGGAGUGUUGGGGUAGUGAACAUACACAAGUACAACAGUUCUGUUCUAAAAGCAUAUAAUCCGGUCUACAUCUUCCGGUAUUUCAAACGAGGGAAGUCUGAGAUUUGGACAUCUCUUGGAGGGGUCAUGCUUAGCAUCACAGGAACUGAAGCAUUGUAUGCUGAUCUAUGUCACUUCCCUGUAUUGGCUAUUCAGAUUGCCUUCACCUUAGUGGUGUUCCCAUGCCUUCUACUGGCGUAUACUGGGCAGGCUGCUUACAUUAUCGACCACAAGGACCAUGUAGCUGAUGCUUUCUAUCGCUCCAUCCCAGGUCCCAUAUACUGGCCGGCCUUCAUCAUAGCAACUCUUGCAGCUGUAGUUGCAAGUCAAGCAACUAUAUCUGCUACCUACUCAAUAAUAAAGCAAGCUCUUGCACUGGGUUGUUUCCCCCGUGUCAAUGUUGUCCAUACCUCAAAGAAAUUUCUGGGGCAGAUUUACAUCCCUGACAUCAACUGGGUACUUAUGAUUCUUUGCAUUGCUGUGACUGCUGGAUUCAAGAACCAAAGCCAGAUAGGAAAUGCAUACGGCACUGCGGUGGUGAUUGUUAUGCUAGUUACGACAUUCCUUAUGGUCCCAGUUAUGCUGCUUGUAUGGAAGAGCCACUGGAUCCUUGUUGUCAUCUUCCUCGUGCUCUCCUUGACGGUUGAGCUCCCAUACUUCACAGCCUGCAUUAAUAAAGUGGAUCAAGGUGGAUGGGUCCCACUAGUCAUCGCCAUAACCUUCUUCAUCAUCAUGUACGUGUGGCAUUUCUGCACCGUGAAGCGCUAUGAAUUUGAGAUGCACAGCAAGGUCUCUAUGGCCUGGAUUCUGGGACUAGGGCCAAGCCUUGGCCUUGUCAGGGUCCCUGGAAUAGGCUUUGUGUACACAGAGCUUGCAAGUGGCGUCCCACAUAUCUUCUCCCAUUUCAUCACCAACCUCCCUGCCAUCCAUUCAGUUGUUGUCUUUGUCUGUGUGAAGUACCUGCCGGUAUAUACAGUCCCUGUUGAAGAACGGUUCAUCAUGAAGAGGAUUGGGCCAAAGAACUACCACAUGUUCCGCUGCGUCGCAAGGUAUGGAUACAAGGACAUCCACAAGAAAGACGAAGACUUUGAGAAGAUGCUCCUCGACAGGCUCUUGGUCUUUGUCAGACUAGAGAGCAUGAUGGAUGGCUACUCUGACUCUGAGGAUUUCACCAUGAUGGAGCAGAAGGCUGAGAGGUCCACCAGAGCACUGCUGACUGAGAAGGCUGGAAGCAACACAAUGAGCUCGAUUGGUGACAUGAGCUACUCAUCACACGACUCCAUCAUGCCGGCCAAAUCACCUUUGACAGGGAACAGCCUGACAAGGUACUCGAGCCAGACAUUCGGUGACGAGCAGGAGUUCCUGAACCGGUGCAAGGACGCUGGCAUCGUGCACAUCCUCGGGAACACGGUUGUGCUGGCACGCAGGGAUUCGGGGAUCGUCAAGAAGGUGGCUGUGAAUUAUGUGUACGCGUUCCUUAGGAAGCUGUGCAGGGAGAACAGUGUGAUCUUCAAUGUUCCUCAUGAAAGCCUUCUGAAUGUAGGCCAGAUAUAUUACAUAUGAACAAUUUUUUUGUACUUUUGAUCGGGUUCAGAAGUGAGUAGUUCUGAGCUGCUGCAAUUUGUAGGGCAGGUGAGCAUUGUACAUGAUCAGUCCUAGAGUAAAGGUUCAUUAGUCAGUUUCGUUCCUUUCUCAGGUAUUACUGAUGUUGCUGGUGGCACAUUCUACAUGAGGCUUGUGGGCUGUAUCCAAUUGCCGUUUUUCCUUAGUAAGGCAAAUGGGUUUUGCUUAA